GCGCGUCUCAAGACAAAGCAGUGAUCCGCGCCGCGGCCGGCCAUUCAAUACCCACACCGGAAUUAACGACUAAAUGCGUUACCGACUAAUAUUUGCGACAUUAAUAUUGUGUUUAUUACUACGCGACGGUAUAAAACUUAAGCAUUACUAACUUAAGAAGAUUAUAGACGAUAACACAAGUUUAAAAUGAGUUUUGAUAACAAAGUGGUAAUAGUGACAGGGUCCAGCUCCGGAAUCGGGGCCGCCGCAGCAAUCACAUUUGCUAAAGAGGGCGCUUAUGUUGUUAUAGUGGGACGUAAUGAAGAAAAGAUGAAAAAUGUAAGCAACAAAUGUGAAAGUUUCGGGAAGAAACCACUGGUUGUUAAAGCAGACAUAUCAAAAGACGAUGAAGUUAAAAAGAUAAUAGAUGAAACAAUAAAGAGAUUUGGGAAACUGGAUAUAUUAAUUAACAAUGCCGGUAUGUUUGUACCUAACGAUAUUACAAGUGACAAUUUCAUGGAAGGUUACGAUCGCGUAAUGAAUAUAAACUUACGAGCUCCGGUUUAUUUAACGCAUUUGGCGAUACCUUAUCUUAUUAAAACAAAAGGAAAUAUUGUUAAUAUAUCUAGCGUAGCUGCAACUUCGAUCUUUUUUGCUUCAUCCAUUUUAUCAUAUUUUGUAUCAAAGGCUGGACUAAAUCAUUUUUCUCGUGGAACCGCACUUAAACUUGCCGAACUGGGUGUCCGUGUGAACAUCGUCAGUCCGGGGCCGGUGCGCACAGAUAUCUUGGAUACUACAUCAGCUUUUACAACAUGGGAUAACCUUGCGGAAUCUACUCCUUUAAAACGACUCAGUGAGCCUCAAGAAAUCGCCGAUCUGAUCCUGUUCUUGGCGAGCGAAAAAGCAAAAGGUAUCACUGGAUCCGAAUUCAUUUCAGAUAACGGGUUUGUACUCGAAAAAUAGAGAGGGUUACAUACAUUGCAACAGUAA